AUUCGCUGAGACAUGCUCACUUGUCACCGUCAGUGUACAUCUGUGGGCACUGACUGAGCACUGGGAUCGUUUUGAGAAACCCUUCAGUCACUCAGCUCUGCGUCACGUGGUGCGCCUCUGACUGGGUGGUGGGCGUGUCUUAAACAGUGGGGUUUCAUUCAUAAAUACUUUUAGCUUUAAAAUCCACAUUAAAGUGUUCACAGAGGAGUUUCAUCUUAUUGGCUUCGCCCCUCCACCCCUGCAUGGACCGGGCUCGUUGAGUAGCCAUGCAGCACUGCCGUCCUGUUGCUCCGAGGCCAGUGGGCCAGCCCUGAGGGGGAAACACUGCCGCUCAGGCUCAGUCGGCUGGGUGGGCUGAGGUGCUGAGGAUGCAGCAAGGGAGCUGAGGAGGAGACUCCCGAGCACACAGCCUGACGCACACAUCCAGAGCUGCUGCUGCGUGCCGCCCUCCAUCAGGGGGGACUCUCUAGUUGGCCUGGACCAUGAGCAAUGAGUCUACCGUCUGGAACAUCCUACCAGAAAACUCCACAGAGAUCCCAUUCGAGGCAGAGGAGCGACAAGAUGGCUAUGUGCUCCUCCUGGUGAUCCUUUCUAUCUUCCUAGUAGGAACGCUUAUCUUCAUCUCUGUCCUCCUCAUCGCCUGCCGUCGCUGCUGCCGAGGAGGGCAAUGCUGUGACAGGGCCAGCGAUGACCUGGAGAAAACCAACACCACCUACAUGGAGGAGUCUCAGCCCACCCAUGAAAUCACCAUCAGGGUGGAUGAGUCAGACUGCCUGUCAAUGGCCAGCUCUCAUGACCAAGAGACAGAGCGCUUCCUCUCCACGGGGACAACAGGCCGUCGUGUCUCCUUCAAUGAGGCUGCACUCUUCGAUCAUGGCAAAAAGGCCCAGGAGAAAGGCCGCAGGUACACUCUGACUGAGGGUGACUUUCACCACCUGAAGAACGCCCGCCUCACACACCUCCACAUCCCUCCCCCUGCCCUCAAGAUAGUCACCAUCCAUGAGUGUGACUCGGCCGAGAACACCAUCACCAUGACAACGCGCCCUGUCGCUAAGUCAGCACUUUCCAUCUUCCAGCCAAUGCUGUGCCCCCUUCCACAAACACAGUUGACCAGCCUGAGUGUCAAUCCCAGCUGUGCCCUCCCUGGAGACGCUCUCAACUCUGUGGUGGACACCAGCUUCAGCGAGAACACUACAGCGCUCAGCACUAAAGAGCCAAGCUCCACCUCUAUUGAGUUGAUGGGAGCUGGGCCCCGGGGCAGAGGCAGCAGUGCCAGUGUUGGAGAAGGGGCCGCGGCAGGCAGCGGUGCCCCUCCUGCUGGUGGUGGCGCAGGAAGCCAGGGGCCCAUGCUGCAGUUCUUCACUAAACUGCGGCGCCAUGCUAGUCUGGAGGGGGCCAGUCCUUACUUCAAGAUCAAGAAAUGGAAGCUGGACAGCAGCCAGAGAGCCUCGAGUCUGGACACCAGAGGCUCUCCAAAGAGGAGACAGUUCCAGCGCCAGCGGGCCGCCAGCGAGAGCAUGGACCAGGACGACAACGACGCGCACCACAUAGACCUCAUCCAGUACAUCGCCCGCACCCAGGACGUCACUUACUGUCCCAGCCAGCCCACUACACGCCUCCUCUCACCUCCCUCUACACCACCCCCCUCCCUCGGCAGGGUAGAGGUAGAGGUGAUGGUGGAGCCCAGCUGCAGCCAUGGAGGACCAGGGGUGAUUGGCCUAUCCCCUGAUCCCCAAGACGAAGCACUGUCCCUGGCAAGAAGGGAAAUUGCUGACCCCGUGGACCCCCUAGAUCCCCAGGACCCCCAGUCACUUUACAGAGACAUCUGGACCCUUCGCGCAACACUGGAACAGUACGCCGCCUCUGAUCAGAGCAGCAACAAUGACAGGAACUCCGUGUGCAGCGAUGCUGACAGUGUGUGUUCGCUGGGUGGACGCACAGAGACAGAGAGAGGAGGGCUCCCCAGCUACCCAUCCCAGGAGUUAGGGGAUGAGGCAGAGGGUGGAGAGGAUGACAAGGGUUUUUUGAUGUAUAUGGACGAGAGGUUAGGGAUGAAGGAGGGAAAAAAGAGGAAACAGGAAAGCACCGAAUCAGAGCGAGGAGGCAGCGACGGAGAAACGGGGACUCGUAAACUGCUGCAGAUGGACAGCGGCUACGCGUCCAUAGAGGCUCCAUCUCGUGGUCCAGAAGACCUGCGAUUGUUUGGAAGCAGCAGCAUCAGUGGCAGCCCUAAGGACAGGACAGCCCACGAGAAGAGGCACCACUUCACCAACGCAGGGCGAAGUGGAACCAUCAGCGACAGCUUUGAGUCUCAUCUCUUUGAGGAGGAGCCAGAAGAUGAGUUGUUGUUGGGUGCCAGUGGAGGAGUUUCCAUAGAAACAGGUGCUGGUUCACUGAGCUGGUUCCCGUACGGUCAGAUGCUCACACCUCGAGAGGCUGCGCAGUCUUCACCCCAACUGCCAUCCCUGCACCGACGAGACUACAGCAUAGAUGAGAAGACAGAUGCACUGUUCCACGAGUUUCUCCGCCAUGACCCUCAGUUUGAUCAGCAGGAGUCGCCGCUGAGAAAACACCGGUCCCGAAUCCACCUCCGCAAACAGUGGCAGCGGCACAAGCAGUGGAGCGACCCUGGUGUCAGACACUUCCAGUCCUCCUUUGAGAGACAGCGGACCCCGUUGCGGAGGGGUGACAGUGUAAACUACCCACUGGACACGAGCUACCACAGCACCCUGCCCCGCAUCGUCAGUGCUCCUGACGAGGAGACCAGCGAUGGCACUGGCAGCACCCCCGACACUCCAAAGGUAGUGCCCACAACUGCGGAGGAGAGGGGCAUGGACAGGGAGCAGGGCGUCAUCGUCAGAGACACUGAGGAGAGCACCUCCUCCUGUUCUCCUCUGCCUCCUCACCCCUCCGCGUCAGAGAAAGAUGGAGGGUCAAGUGAGCACCCUGACCCUCAGGAGGACAGCAAACAGUCAGGACUCCCCCCCGAGCCUCCGGACGAGCUGCCCGACUCCUCAGGCUAUGGCCCACAAACCAUCACGGCAGAGCUCACAGACAAACUGACUGCUAACCUUGAUGAGAGGCUGUACAUGGGCCUACGCAGGACCAGGGACACAGCCACUGAGUGUGUGACGGUGACGGCCACUUACGCUUCUCCAGACCACAGCCCAGUGUAGCAGGGCUCCAGUCAUCCUCCUCAUCAGCCUCACUCCUGCUGAUACACACCUUUUUUUUUUUUGGUUUGUUUGAUUUGUCUUGCCUCAGUUUAAAUGUCUCUCUGUAUACAGCUUGAAUGGUGUGAUCCAAACCCACAAAGUGACAAGUAUGCUUUAAAUCAGUCCAUAACUAAACACUUAUUCUCAGAUAAUGUUAGAUACAGUUCAUCCACUAGAAAUGCAUCCAGUCUCUCAUUAUGCCUGUUAGCAUCACAAAACUGUUCAAUGUUACCAUUUAACAGCUCAUUGAACAAUGAUAGAAUUCAAAGUAAUAGAUUUACAGAGCUAACAUAUCAAAAAUAAUGGUUUUAGUAAUAACUGUUUGUCCGUUUUUUUCUGUGUCUGUAGUCUAUUAAGUCUCUAUUGUCAUGUGUCUACUGCUGUCAUCCUUGUCUCUGCUCUCCAGUAAGAAUAAGUAAAGCUGAAGGCCGGUUUGGCCUCUGUACUUGUUGAUCCACUGUGAAACCAGGUGCUAUUAGACAUAAAGAAAGCUACAGAUCUGGACACAACAGGUACCUGUCAGCCCUGUGGUCAUACAUGACUGGAGAAGAAGCAGUUUUAUCAUACUUAUGAGCUAAAAUAUUAGUAAGAAUAACAUAAUAAAUCAAAGCUAUAUGAGGCAUACUUUACCUUGGUGUAGGCCUAUUCUGGGAUUAUCUAGACUUUCUAAACAUGUGUGACUGAGGCUUCAUUCUAGAAAAUGGAGUUGUUUACACUGGUACUUUAGAUCAGUGGUUCCAAACCUAUGGGUUAGAGUACCCCGAAGGGAAAGGAAACAUCUGAGAGGUCACCAGAGACAGAAAAAUUAUUUCUAUUUAACUAUAGAAAAUAUAGUUAAAUAUUUUGUUUUGUUUGGUUCUGUCCUAACCAAUCUGAUGAAAUAUGUUGAUAGAAGAUUGUUGUGUUUGUUGCCUAUUUUUGCCCAUUUUUCAUGGACAUAAGUAUCGAGCUAGCUAGGUGGAAAGAUGACAUCCCCAUUCUUUGCCUUUGCCUUUGCCUACAGAGCUCUGAUUGGUCAGUUCAUUCAGUUCAACAGUGUCAUUAAAGGUCACAAGUGGACUUAGAGGUGCCAAGGAGCCAGAAGCCAAAAAGGCUGGGAACCACUGGUUUAGACAGAUGGAAAGCCAAAAAAAAUUUCACCCCGAAUGACUUAUUUUGAAAUGGAAGAUAUCCUUUGAUUUUCAUCACUGAGUGUCUGACUGGUCAUGCUGUUUGUUAUUUCUGAUGGAAAUUGCUUCUCAGCAAUGUGACAAAUGUCUUCUUUAUUUUUUAUUUUUUAUUAUUAUUUUUUGUUUGUUUGUUUCAUGAGUUGUAAUAUAUUUUUGUACGUCUGCAUUGCUUGAAUGACAAUGAAAACCGACAGUGUGGCAGGUUUGCUAAGGACACAUUUCUUUGCCAACAGACAGAACUAGCAAACCAGACAGCCACUAGCGCUCUGAUCUGAAGACUUUUUAUCAGUCAAAGAUAUGACGGUCAUGUUUGAUUCCAAAAGCUACUGUCAGAGUAAUCUUACUCUUAAUAGCUCUGGGCAUCACUGACAUUAUAACAAACACAGUCAGAGUCUAUAGCCAUGAGGUGGGCAGUUACACUAAAGCUAUUAGACAGAAUGGCUGCCCUCACAAACCUUUGCUGUUUAUUGACUUUAUAAGAAAGGCAUGCUUUCUCGUGCAUGGGGCUCCCAGAACAGGCUUUAUUUGUCCACAUCUGACAUUCUUAUUUUUCCCCUCCUUUUCCUCCCUCUCCUGAGAAAGUUGACAGUGCAGUGGAUGCCUCCCUCGGGGGCUGAGGAACUUCACUUCCUGCCAGCUUAUAAAACCACACAGAACAAAGACGUUAUUUGUAGUUAAGUCCACUUUAUUUUUUCUCAUAUAUAUUUUCUCAUAUUCUGCACAAUUAAAACAAACCAGUUGAGCAACUCAAAUGAUGAGCAGAUCUCAUCUAGUGGGGGAAGAACAUCCUCAGCAGCAGCAGGAGGUUGAUUGUAACCUACUUUCGCUCAUGAAAUCUUAUUCUCGGGGGGUGGGGUGGGGGGGUGGUCGGGUCUUUUCCAUCUCUCCCUCGUGCAGUGUGGGGAGUCACUGCAGAAGAUGGUGUUGAAUAUUAAUCAUGGCAAGAGAAGGGAAGUCCUCUUUUCAUCCUGUCUCCCUUUAUUCGUUCUUUGAGGCUGUUACCAUGCAUGAAAUGGAAAGGAGUGAAUAGAAAAUCAGGGGAAAAAACAUGAUCCUCCUCACUUUGUUUGGGUGUGAUGAUGAUGCUCCUUUCAAGCCUGCCCACAUUUAGAUCUUUCUCUGCUGCAGUGGCAGUAGUCUCCUGUUUUGGCUAAGUGGACUCCGAGGCAGAAGCUACAUUCCUCAUUAGGGGAACAAUGACUGAGAUGAAAAGAGUUCAGCUUAAAUAAGGAGUGAGGAGGAUAGUGGGUCUUUUUCUCUUUGCUCUCUCUUUCAUGUAGCCCCCUCAGAUGCACACUAAAGUAUCAUGUCACCACGAAGAAACACAACACUGGCACAACGUUGUGCAAUCAAAUUCUUUUUAUGACGGCACUAAUCAGCAGGAAGGAAAUAAAAUUUCAGUUAUUCCCCUUCUCAUCUAUGAUGGCACUUCCUUCCUUGAUGAUAAUAAUUACUCAGCAAAUUCUGACAGUUCUGGGAAAAGAGGAAGACAGCUGCAUUUCCGACAGAUCAAAAGUCAAAAUGUUUCAAAGCUGAGUCAGUACGACGUGACAACAGUACAGCAACCACAACUAUUCAAAGAAAAUGGCCAUAAAGGUUGAUUAUCAAUCAGUACAUUUGUACAAAGAUUCAACUUUGCUGUGUAUAAAAGCACAAUGUCACAGGAGCUAGACUAAAUCGAUGUCCUUUAUUAGGUUUAGACAGAUGCUGUGAUAACUGGGGACACUGUGGUAAAUGGUGUUUGUAUACUAACCAGUAGCCUGUCAAAUGCAUUGAUGCAUAGCUGUGUGUAGGUCUGCAUGAGAGUUAACAUUUUAGUACAAAUCUUCAUGUUUUCUCAGACUUACGGUACAAAAUGAUCAAGUCCAUAGUUAAUGCUCAUUUGUUUAAGGCAGAAGUUGAAACAUUGGUAUGACUAGAGAUUUUGUAUUUUACGGAAUUCACUUUUAAGACUCGUGCUAGGAUGCUGUAACUGAUGAGAUUUUGUGAGAUUUAUCUCUUUGAAAGUAGAAGUAUUUCUGUAUUCCUUGCUUGUUAGUAAACUGCUUAAUUUCUCAAAGAAAAAAAGGUGAGCUUUCUUAACAACUUUGCUUUUGUUGAUCCAAAUUCUAUUGAGCCUUGAGGGACCAAAUCAUUUAAAAAAAAGUGUUAUUUUAGGGUUGUUUUUCAAUCUGUGAAUAAAUGAAUGAAGCAAAAAACGGU